GGGCUCCGACCGCGGGCGCCGCGCCGGGUUCUCGGACAGGUGUGGUUCCCAGCGAGGUGGGCGUCCGCCUGCGCCGCGCCGGGCUCUCGGACAGGUGUGGUUCCGGUUCCCAGCGAGGUGGGCGUCCGCCUGGGCCGCGCCGGGCUCUCGGACAGUUUAUUUAUAAAUGUUUGACUAGCAAAGAACGGGGAACAAAAUGAGCUGGGCUUUAGAAGAAUGGAAAGAAGGCCUGCCUACAAGGGCUCUUCAGAAAAUUCAAGAGCUUGAAGGGCAGCUGGACAAACUGAAGAGAGAGAGGCAGCAAAGGCAGUUUCAGCUGGACGCUCUGGAGGCUGCGCUGCAGAAACAAAAGCAGAAGGUCGAAAAUGAAAAAACGGAGGGAACAAACCUGAAAAGGGAGAACCAAAGCUUGAUGGAAAUGUGUGAGAACCUGGAGAGAACCAGGCAGAAGAUCUCUCACGAGCUUCAAGCCAAGGAGUCACAGGUGAAUCUCCAGGAAGGACAGCUGAAUGCAAGCAAAAAACAAAUUGAAAAACUGGAGCAGGAACUUAAAAGGUGUAAAUCUGAACUUGAGAGAAGCCAGCAGUCAGCACCUGCUACAGAUGCCUCCCUGAAUCCAGGCAGUACACCCCAGAAAAUUCUUCCAACUCCACUCACACCAAGUCAGUAUUACACUGGUUCUAGGUAUGAAGACCUAAAAGAAAAAUAUAAUAAAGAAGUUGAAGAACGAAAAAGAUUAGAAGCAGAGGUUAGAGCGUUACAGGCUAAAAAAGCAAGCCCUGCUAUCCCCCAGAGCACCAUGAAUCACCGAGAGAUUGCUCGACAUCAGGCUUCCUCAUCUGUGUUCUCGUGGCAACAAGAGAAGACACCCAGUCGUCUUUCGUGUAGUGCUCGGAAAACCCCGAACAGGAGAGAUUUCCCGGCACCUCACUUUGCUGAGGAACAAGAGGUUACUCCAAGUAGAUCAGCUGUGCAGAUAGGGACAAAAGAUGCGAGUAGCAGCUUCUGUGAUAAUUCUAGCAACUUCCGUCUUCUGGAUCAGCUAAAAGCCCAGAAUCAAGAACUUAGAAGCCAGAUUAGUGAAUUGGAACUACGUCUGCAAGGACAAGAGAGAGAAUUGAAAAGCCAAGUGAAUAAAUGUCAGGAACUCCAACUCCAGCUGGAGACAGCAAAAGUGGAAUUAAUUGAAAAAGAGAAAGUUUUGAACAAAAAUAGGGAUGAGCUAAUGAGAACAGCAGCACAGUAUGACCAGGCUUCAGCUAAGUGUAUUGCAUUGGAACAAAAACUGAAAAAAUUGACCGAAGAUUUGAGUUGUCAACGACAAAAUGCAGAAAGUGCCAGAUGCUCCCUGGACCAGAAGAUGAAGGAAAGAGAAAAGGAGUUUCAGCAGGAGCUUUCCCGUCAACAGCAGUGUUUCCAAACAUUGGACCGAGAGUGCUCUCAGAUGAAAACCAAACUCACCCAGGAGCUACAGCAAGCCAAGAGCACUCACAACAUACUCCAGGCUGAACUGGAUAAAGUCACAUCCGUAAAGCAGCAUCUAGAAAAAAAUUUAGAAGAGUUUAAGCAAAAGUUCUGCAGAACUGAAGAGGCACUAGAGGCCAGAGAGAGUGAGCUGAGGAGAAGCCGUGAGGAAUCAAAGAAGGAAAACAGCCUCCUUCAGAGUCAGUCUGAGCAAAGGGUCAGAGAAAUCUGCCACUUGGAGGAAGAACUCAGGAAGGCCAAGCAGUGUUUAAAUCAGAGCCAGAAGUUUGCUGAAGAAAUGAGAGUUAAGAAUACUUCUCAGGAAACAAUGUUAAAAGAUCUUCAAGAAAAAAUGAAGCAGCAAGAAAACUCUUUGACUUUAGAGAAACUGAAGCUUGCCUUGGCUGACCUGGAAAAACAGAGGGAUUGUUCUCAGGAUCUGUUGAAGAAAAGAGAACAUCACAUCGAGCAACUGAAUGAAAAGUUAAGCAGAAGAGAGAAAGAGUCUCAGGCUUUACUGAGUGCUUUGGAAUUAAAAGAGAAAGAAUACGAAGAAUUGAAGGAAGAGAGAACCCUGUUUACUCAUUGGAAAAGUGAAAAAGAACAACUUUUAAAUCAGAUGGAAGCAGAAAAGGAAACAUUGCAGAAUAAAAUUAAUCAUUUGGAAACUUGUCUCAAGACUCAGCAAAUAAAAAGUCAGGAAUACAAUGAGAGGGUAAAAAUAAUGGAAAUUGAAAGAGAAAACCUGAGCGCUGAGAUCAGAAACCUUCACAGUGCGAUCGACAGCAAGAAAGUGGAGGUUGAGGCGCAGAAGCAAGCUUACAGGGAAUUACAGCAGGAAGCUGAGCUCUCAGAUCAGAAACACAAGAAGGAAAUAGAAAAUAUGUGUUUAAAAACGUCUCAGCUUACUGGGCAAGUGGGCGACCUAGAACACAAGCUCCAGUUACUGUCAAGUGAAAUAGCGGAGAAAGACCAAUGUUACCGAGACUUGCAUGCUGAAUACGAGAGCUUCAGAGGUCUGUUAAAACCCAAACAUUCUUCUCCCGAGAUAAAAGAGGAUCAUCACAGAAGCCUUUUGGCUUGUGAAGAGCAGCCUGCAGUGAGUAAUUCUUUUGCAAAGAUGAUUGGAGAACAAGGACGCAUGCCUUUAGAAAGGAGCAAAUGCCAGUCGGAAGCAGACCAAAGUGCCACAGACUCAGCCGAUUUACAAAACAGAAUCAUUUCGCUUGAGCUUUCAUUAGAGUCUCAAAAGCAGAUGAACUCCGAUCUGCAGCAGCGGUGUGAAGAGCUGGUGCAAAUCAAGGGGGAAAUAGAAGAAAAUCUCAUUAAAGCAGAACAGAUGCAUCAAAGUUUUGUGGCCGAGACAAAUCAGCGCAUCAAUAAGUUGCAAGAAGACACUUCUGUGCAUCAGAAUGUUGUUGCUGAAAGUUUAGUCGCCCUUGAGAACAAGGAAAGAGAGCUGCAACUUCUGAGUGAAAAAUUAGAAACUCAGCAAGGAGAGUAUCAGGAAUUAGAAAAGAGCAACGGCCUACUCGAAGGCUCUCUAAAGGAGCUACAACUUUUGUCUGAAACUCUGAGCUCAGAGAAGAAGGAAAUGAGUUCCAUCCUUUCUCUAAGUAAGCAACAAAUUGAAGAGCUGACUCAAGAGAAUGGGGUUCUCAAGGAAGUGAAUGCAGCCUUAAAUCAAGAGAAAAUGAACUUGCUGCAAAAAAGUGAGCAUUUUUCCAAUUGCAUAGAUGAAAGAGAGAAACACAUUUCAGAGUUAUCUGAUCAAUACAAGCAAGAAAAACUUACUUUACUGCAAAGAUGUGAAGAAACAGAAAAUGCAUUUGAGGAUCUUAGGGAAAACUACGAAGCUGUGCAAGAGAAGAACUCUAGAUUAGAAUGCUUGCUAAAUGAACGCACUAGUCUUUGUGAAAAUAGAAAAAAUGAGUUGGAACAGCUAAAGGAAACAUUUGCGAGGGAACACCAAGAGCUUUUAGUGAAAUUAGCCUCAGCUGAAGAAAGAAACCAGAGCCUCGUGCUGGAGGUGGGCACUGUGCAGCAUGAGAUGAGAUCUGAGAUUACAGACUUCCAAAACAACGCCAAGAGCGAGGCUGAUGGGUUAAGGCAAGAAAUUAUGACUUUAAAGGAAGACCAAAGUAGGAUGCAAAAGGACAUUAAUGCCUUGCUAGAAGAGAAUGAGUCCCUGAUGAAGUUAACGAAGACCUCACCUGGGCAUCAGGAUCUAGAACUGGGACCCACCAGCUACGCUGUGAAAGAAAGAGAGCGUGAGAUAAAUGAAUGUAACAUUGAACGUCAGAUGGAUCUUGAUGUUGAAGCCACUUCUCUAGACAGUUAUAAUGCGCAAUUAGUACAGUUAGAAGCUGUGAUAAGAAGUACGGAAUUCAAACUUCAGGCAAGUGAGAAGGAGAAGGCAUACCUGCAGGAAGAAUUACACAGGAUUAGAGGAGAGCUAGAAAACGGGAAUUUGCAACAAGAUACUCAGUCACGAGAAGUUAGUGGCCUUACAGACUGUGAAGUAGAUGCAGAGGAAAAGUCUAUUUCAGUGCUUCACGAGCUGUCAACAAGUCAGAAUGACAGCGUGCACCUACAGUGCUCUCUCGAAACAGCCAUGACCAAGCUGAACGAACUGGAGAAAAUGUUCCAGAUACUGCAGGUUGAAAAGCCUGAGCCACCAGCCGAGCUGAGUGACUCAGGAUCGGAAUGUGUCACAGCAACUAGCAAAAUGGCAGAAGAGGUGGAGAAACUGGCCAAUGAAGUUAAAAUAUUAAACCAUGAAAAUGGUCUUCCCCAAGGAGAGUUAGUGAAACAGAUGCCAGAAGAUGAAUUUGGUGAACAACAAAAUGUGUUCUUGAAUCCUUUGGAGGACAGUAAUUUCUGUGAGCACCUGACAUUGUCAAACAAAGAAGUUCAAACGCACUUUGCUGAAUUACAGGAGAAAUUCUCGUCUUUGCAAAGCGAACACAAAAUCUUACAUGAUCAGCACUGUCAGAUGAGCUCAAAGAUGUCAGAACUACAGUUUUAUGUCGACACUCUAAAGGCAGAAAAUUCAGUCUUGUCAAUGAAUCUGAGGAACUUCCAAGAUGACCUGGUGAAGGAGGUGACACUGGGGCCCGAGGAGGGGCGUCUUCUGUCCCUGUCAUUCUCUUGUGUGACUGACAGCCCCGUUCUUAAAAGUUUUGGAGAAUCCUCAUUUUGCAAAGAUCUUUUGGAACAGACGGGAGAAACAUCUCUCUUGAAUAAUUUGGAAGAAAACGUUUCAGUGAACCAGUCUAAUGUGGCAGAAAUGUCCUGCAGCAGUCUGGAGGAGGAGAGCCAGGCCAAGAAAGAAGUUCCAUCUGCCCCCGGGAGGAGCCCUGAAGACCUAGAGGCCCUCUGUCAGAUGUACCUGCAGGCCCUCAGGAAGCUGGAGGAGGAAAUGGAAGGUCAGGGAGUUAUGAAAAAUAAGGAAAUCCAAGAGCUUCAGCAGUUACUGAGCUCUGAAAGGAAAGAGCUUGAGUGCCUUAGAAAGCAGUAUCUGUCGGAAAACGAACAGUGGCAACGGAAGCUGACAAGCGUGACUGUGGAGCUGGAGUCCAAGUUGGCGGCGGAAAAGAAACAGACGGCGCACCUGUCACUUGAGCUAGAAGCUGCCCGGCUCCAGCUACAGGGUCUCGACCUAAGUUCACGGCCUUCGCUGGGUGCUGACAUUGAAGAUGGUAUUCGGGGUGGAAAUGAGAGAUGUGACAUAAAAGAAUCAGAAGAAUAUACUCCAAAAGCUAAAGGAAGAACACCAAAACGUGACAUUCGUCAGAUUGGUGAAAAAGAUGUUCAGCAGGACCUCAGCCUAGAGAUUGAAAAACUAACUGAGAUUGGUGCAGCCAUUCAGACAGGACGACCGUCCAGGGCACCAUCCUCGGAAGCCAGCUCUGAGGCUCCCCUGGAAGGCAGAGAUCAGGGCUGGUCAGAGUGCAUCUCUGAAUUGUCUUUUUCUGAUCCUAAUGCUUUGGUACCCAUGGAUUUUCUGGAGACUCAGGUAACCAUUCAGAAUCUCCAACUGCAGGUGAAAGAGACAUCGAAUGAAAAUCUGAAAUUACUUCGUGUCAUAGAGGACCGUGACAAAAAACUUGAAAGUUUGCUAAAUGAAGUAAAAGAGUUGAGCUCAAAAAUUGAUCUGCAAAAAGUACAACUAACUACCAAGACUGAAGCUUGCAUAGAAUUGGAAAAAACAGUUGAGGAACUUAAGAAAGAAAAAUCAGAUUUAAGUGAAAAAUUGGAAUUCUUCUCCUGUGAUAACUCGGAGUUACACCAGAAAGUAAAGACUCUGGAAGACCUCAGUUCUAAUUUAGAAAUGACAGAUAAAUUGACUGAUGAAGUUAUUGAAGAUAAUGUAGCCAUGGUGAAUGACAACUGGAAAGAGAAAUUUCUUCAUGUGGAAAAUAAGCUGGAGAGAAUCAGGUCUGAGAAAGUUAGCAUGGAGCACCACAUCCUCUCUGUGGAAGCUAACUUAGAGACAUUUCAGACAGAGAAGCUGAAUUUAGAAAAAGACAAUGAAAAUAAGCAGAAAGUUAUAAACUGUCUUGAAGAAGAACUCUCUGUGGUCACAACUGAGAGAAACCAGCUUCAUGGAGAAUUAAGUACUGUGUCAAGAGAAAACAAAGAACUGAGUCAGAUGUCUGACAGGAUGCAGAAAGAACUACAGGAGCUGGAGAAUCAUCAUGACGAGUGUCUCCAUCACAUCCAAAUUGUGGAGGCUGAAGUAAAGGAGAAGACGGUGCUCCUUCAGACUUUGUCCUCCGAGAAGGUUGAUCUCCAGGAGCAGCUGCAGAGCCUGGAGAAGGAUUCACGGGCACUGUCUUUGGUGAAAGGUGAGCUGGAAAACCAAAUUGGGCAACUGAGUAAAGAGAGAGACUUGCUUGUAAGGGACUUAGAAAGCCUGCAAAACAAGUUGAGUGAAUCAGAAGAUGAAAAGGCAGGCCAUUGCAAGGCCUUGGAGGCUGCGUUAGUGGAGAAAAGUGAGAUCGCAGUGAGGCUGAGCUCAACACAGGAGGAGGUGCUUCAGCUGAGAACCGGCAUUGAGAAACUGAAGGUCCGCAUUGAGGCCGAUGAGAAAAGGCAGCUCCACGUCUUAGAAAAACUGAAGGAAAGUGAGCGUCGUUCUGAUUCACUUAAGGAUAAAGUUGAGAAUCUUGAAAGGGAGUUGCAGAUGUCAGAAGAAAACCAAGAGCUUGUCAUUCUUGAUGCUGAGAAUUCCAAAGCAGAAGUAGAAACUCUCAAAGAAAAAAUAGAAGAGAUGGCAGAGAUGCUGAAAGGUUUAGAAUUCAACCUUGUCACGGUGAGGUCUGAAAAAGAAAAUCUGACAGAACAACUACAAGAAAAACAAAGUCAAGCAUUGGAAGUAGAGUCCUUGCUUUCUUCUUUGAAGAGCCUGAUAGAAGAAAAGGAGCAGGAGAAAAUACAGAUGAAAGAAGAGUCUAAAACUGCAGUGGAGUUGCUUCAAAUACAAUUGAAGGAGCUAAACACGGAAAUAGCAGCCUUGUGUGAUGACCAAGAGACUUCUAUGGCCAAAGAAGAGAGGCUGGGUUCGCCAGCGGAGGAAGUGUGUCAGCUAGGAAACAGCAUUGAGAAGCUCAAAGUCCGCAUCACAGCAGAUGAAAAGAAGCAGCUUCAUGUCUUAGAAAAACUGCAGGAAAGUGAGCAAAGUGUGGAUUUGCUUAAGGGUAGACUAGAGAACCUUGAGAGAGAACUGGAGGUCGCAGGAAAAAACCAAGAGCUUGUCGUUCUUGAUGCCGAGAAUUCCAAAGCAGAGGUAGAGACCUUAAAGACAAAAAUAGAAGAGAUGGCAGAAAUACUGAGAGGUUUAGAAUUCGACCUUGUCACGGUGAGGUCCGAAAAAGAAAAUCUGACUGAACAACUACAAGAAAAACAAAGUCAAGUGUUGGAAUUAGAGCCCUUGCUUUCUUCUUUGAAGACCCUGAUAAAAGAAAAGGAGCAGGAGAAAAUACAGAUGAAAGAAGAGUGUAAGGCUGCGGGAGAGUUGCUUCAAGCACAAUUGAAAGAGCUGAAUGAAGAGGUAGCAGCCUUGUGUGAUGACCAAGAGACCUCUAUGGCCAAAGAAGAGAGUCUGGGUUCACCAGCAGAGGAAGUGCAGCAGCUGAGAAGUAGCAUUGAGAAGCUCAAAGUCUGCAUUGCAGCAGACAAAAAGAAGCAGCUUCAUGUCUUAGAAAAACUUCAGGAAAGUGAGCAAAGUGCGAAUUUGCUUAAGGGUAGAGUGGUGAACCUCGAGAGAAAACUGGAGGUCGCGGGAAAAAACCAAGAACUUGUCAUUCUUGAUGCUGAGAAUUCCAAAGCAGAGAAAGAGACCCUCAAAAUAAAAAUGGGAGAACUGGCCCAAAACCUGAGAGAUUUGGAAUUAGAUCUUGCCAAUAUAAGGUCAGAAAAAGAAAGUCUGACAAGAGAGUUACAAACCGAGCAAGGGCGAGUGUCUGAAUUAGAAAUGCUGAAUUCUUCAUUUGAAAAUUUACUGCAAGAGAAAGAGCAAGAAAAAGUACAGAUGAAAGAAGAAUCUAAAAUUGCAGUAGAGUUGCUUCAGACCCAACUGAAAGAGCUAAAUGAGAAAGUAGCAGCUAUGUGUGUUGACCAAGAGACAUUUAAGGCCAAAGAGCAGAGCCUGAGUAGUCAAGUAGAUUCUCUUGAACAUGAGAAGGCUCAGUUGCUACAAGGCCUUGAAGAGGCCAGAAAUGAUUACAUUAGUUUGCAGUCUUCAGUGGAUGGCCUUGUUCAAGAAAUAGAAGAUGGCAGACAGGAACUAGAGAAGAAGCGUGAAGAAAUAAGUACACUAAAAAAUCAAAUUCAAGACCAGGAGCAGCUCACCUGUAAGCUGUCCCAGGCGGAAGGAGAGCAGCAGCUUUGGGAGAAGCAAAAAACAGAACUGGGAAAUCUGGCAGUGGAAUUGGAGCAGCAGGUCCAAGCACUGCGGUCCAGAAAUGCCAGUCUGCAGAACUCUUACAAGGAUCUUGAGAAGGAGCUUGAGUCAAUAAAAAUGGAAAAGAUGGCCUUUGUUGAAAAGGUAAACACAAUGACUGUGAAGGACACGGAGCUGCAGAGAAAAAUGCAUGAGAUGGUACAGAAAACAGCAGCGUCCAAAGAAGAAUUUGACCGAGAGAAAGAUAGGCUUGUCGAAGAGUUAAAAUUAGCGUCGGAAGAAAUAAAAAGCAGCCAGGUUCAGCUGAAGGAGCUGAAGCUUGAAAACGGUGAAUUGAAGAAGAGUUUGGAUUGUGCGCACACAGACCAGAUGGAGAAGGAGGGGAAAGUGAGAGAAGAAAUAGUCGAGUAUCAGCUGCGUCUUCAGGAGACUGAAAAGCAAAAGUCUUUGCUUCUGGAUACGAACAAACAGUAUGAAAUGGAAAUCCAGACUUACCGAGAGAAGUUGACUUCCAAAGAAGAAUGUCUUGGCUCACAGAAGUUGGAGAUGGACCUGCUAAAGUCCAGUAAAGAGGAACUCAAUAAUUCUUUAAAAGCUACCAAUCAGAUUUUAGAAGAAUUGAAGAAAACCAAGAUGGACAACCUAAAACACAUUAAUCAGUUAAAAAAGGCGAACGAACAUGCCCAGGGGAAAAUGAAGUUGUUGAUCAAAUCCUGUAAACAGCUGGAAGGGGAAAAGGAAAUGCUGCAGAAAGAGCUGGCUCAGCUGGAAGCUGCAGGGGCAGAGCAGAAAACAGGUACGGUCGCGGAUGCUAGUGUAGAUGAACUAAUGGCUGAGGUAAAGGAGCUGAAGGAAACUCUUGAAGAGAAAACCAAGGAAGCGGAUGAAUACCUGGAUAAGUACUGUUCCCUGCUCAUAAGCCAUGAGAAUUUGGAGAAAGCUAAGGAGAUGUUAGAGAUGCAAGUUGCUCGUCUUUCUCAGCCGUCUAAAUGUAAUCUCCAGAUUUCUCCUUUGCCAAAUUCACUUGUUCCAGAACCAUCUCCAGCCCCUUCUGUUACUGAAAGGAAGUUAUCUGCUGGCCACACGAAGGCUUCGGGCAAGAGGCAGAGGUCCAGUGGAAUUCGGGAGAGUGGCGGAGGGUCAGCGCCUUCUACACUAGAGACUUUUCCUAAAAAGGGUAGAAAAGCGGCCCGAAGUGGUGUUCAUUCCGCAGGGGACACGGAAGAUGCGGAGUCUGAGCCAGAGGGGCUUCCAGAAGUUGUCCAGAGAGGUUUUGCUGACAUCCCAACAGGAAAGACCAGCCCAUACGUGCUGCGGAGAACAACCAUGGCCACCAGGACCAGCCCCCGCCUUGCUGCACAGAAGUUAGCACCGUCCCCCCUGAGCCUCCACAAAGAAAAUCUUGCUGAGAUCUCGAAACCAACAGCUGGUGGCAGCAGAUCACAAAAGGUCAAGGUUGCUCAUCGGAGCCCAGCAGACUCAGGUGCUUCCAUCCGAGAAGCCGGCGUAAGAUCUGUCUCCAGCAGUAACCUUCCUGAGAAACGUUCGGCUGGCAGCCCCCGAGAAGGCCUGAGGGCCAAGCGAAGCCAACAUGCUCCCAGCCCAGGAGCUGGACCCGACCUCAAGAGCGGCGAGAACUGUAGGGUCCAAUAGAAGAGACCCAGCUGUGUGGGAAGGGGCAGUGUUGGCCAGAGGGCGGUGGCCCUGCUGGGGCUUUUCUUUAGUCGGGAGCACUUGUUCAGUGGGAAGAAAACGUGACUCCUUGUAGGUCUAGAUAAAGCGGACUCUCCGUCUCCCCUGUGUCGGGAAGGCUUGGAAGGACUGGUAGCCUCUUCCUCACUGACAUUCCUCUCAUUGUUUAGGAAAACAUUAUAGCCAAGUGGCAAGUACCAUAUAACAACUUCUGUUUGCGGAUUUUACUCUAAAAAAUGCAAAAACAUUUAAUACUUGGAACUAACAGCUUCUAGGAAAAGGUGAACUUUUUCUUUGGUAUUUCGUGUGUCUAGUAUUGGGGAUGAAGUAGUUGUAGAUCAGCAAAUCUCUGAGCUGAGUGAAAUGAAGGAAUCCCACGUUAUAUGUUUUUAAGGAAACCGUGUAGAUAGACGUGUGUGUGUGUGUAUGCGUGCGGGCGUGUGUGUGUGUGUGCAUCCUUCUCCUCACUGUGCCAUAUAGACCUUCACCGCUGUGAGCUGUACAUAUUUGUGUGUUGGGGCCCUAGGGAGGCGUGUGUUUAUUCCCAGUUAGCCUGGUUGCAGGCUCCUCAGAGGCGUAGGGUAUCCAGUUUCCUGCCAGAUGUGCUAUUGGUUUUGUCUUUUUUGAAGACUAUUUUGUUGCAGUCCUCUGGUAAGUAUUUUCGUAUCUGGCGAUCUUGUAUUAAAUAUGGCCUUUUUUUUUUUUUUUGUAAAAAAGUUACCUUUGUUUUUUGUAAAAAUGAUUCCUAAAUAAAUAUAUUACUAACAGCA